GAGUAGUCCGUAAAUUUUGGUGUCGGGAAGGGUUUAAGGGAGUUUGGAGGCGAAGAAAGAAUCGAAUAUCAACAAAAGCCAAAGAAAAAAAAAAAAAAGAGAAAAACCCUCGGAUCUUCUCUUCUCCGUAUAAUGGAUCCAUACUCUUCGUCGUCGUCGUCGUCGUCGUCAAGUGGGGCGUCGCCGCAGGUUUCGACGGAGGACAUCAUGGACCAGGUCAAACUCCAGCUUGCCCAGGCCUAUGCCGAAGAGUUCCUCGAGACUUUGAGGGGAAAGUGCUUUGAGAAGUGUAUCACCAAACCUGGGAGCAGCCUGAGUGUAGUGAGAGUAGUUGUGUCUCAAGGUGUGUGGAUCGCUACAUUGAAGCCACCGGUAUCAUCAGCAGAGCUCUUUUCGAACAUCAAGCUGAAGUUGUGAUCUGACAAUUUUUAAAACUUUCUUCUGGAAGUUGUUGGUGGGCAGUUAGGAGGUUGUCGUUUUCUAUUUCUGAUUAUCAUUGAUAACAUAGAAAUUUGAUAUUCUGAUGGGGUCUGUAAAUC